AUGCCCCCUAAACUUGACGGUGAAUCCACCAAGGAGGAUUAUGAUAAGUUGGUGCAACCACAUAUUACUGCAAAAGAGAUGUGUUUCUUGAGAUUGCAAUCUUUAUAUCAGAUUUCAAAAAAUGUUCGAGACAAACCUGAGUUGACAAACGAAUUUAAUGUUCGUUGUACUGAAAUGUCAUCAUGGCGGGAAAAGUUCGAACAUAGUAUUCUCAAUAUUACAGUUUUGAAAAAGAAAUUCUUUCCUGAUUAUGUUCCCUCAUACAAAGAGAUAGCUAGUUUUGACGAGAUAUAUUUUUUCAUUCGUAGUGUUGCCGAUAGUUUGAAUAAAAAUAAUACUACAAAUAAUACACAAUCCAGCGAUGCUGUUAGUGCUUGUGUUAAACCUAGGUUACCCAAACUGGAGAUUUUUCCCUUUGACAGCCGAUUGGAAAGUUGGCCGACCUUUAGGGAUACCUACUCUAGACUAAUUCACAAUAACAAAGACAUAGCAAAUAUUGAGAAAUUUUACUAUCUGUUGUCAGCUGUCAGUGGUUAUGCGUUGACGAUUGUUAAGUCGAUGCCGGUUACAUCGGACAAUUAUGAGAUAGUUUGGAGCGCGUUGGUUAAACGGUACGAGAAUAAACGGGCAUUGGCAACUACUUAUCUAGAUAAUAUUUUCAAAUUUAAACCAUUAGUAAAUGAAUCAGUCACUGGACUUAAUAGUUUCUUACAGACGUUUCAAGAAAAUAUUAAGGCACUUCAGUUACUUGAUAUUACCGACUUGUCAGGAUUUAUGUUAUUUUAUGUUGCUUUGCGUAAUCUCGACUCCGUGACCAGGCGUGAGUUGGAGCGUGAAUUGGAGCAGGACGAAAUACCUACUGUUAGUGAUUUAAUUAUAUUUAUAGAAAAGCAAGUGCGCGUUCUCGAGAUGUCAAUGAGUGCUACAAAUUCCACUACUACUAGAAGUGUAACGUACUCAAAAAGCCAGUCAAAGGUCAAUGACCCUUAUAAUUCUAAUAAUUCAAAUUUACGACGUACAAGGCCUUCCUUGUCGUCAGCUGUUGUCAAUACAAAUCACUCUGUAAAAUCUAAUAAAUCCAUUGAGUGUUUGUAUUGCAAAAAGAUGCAUUCUAUAUAUCGAUGUAUCGACUACAACGACCUGACUCCGAUGCAGCGUCUCGACAAAAUUAAACAAAUGAAUCUGUGUGAAAAUUGUUUACGAGAGCAUGUUGUUGACGACUGUCCAUCUAAGGUACGUUGUACGAUCUGCAAGAAAAAGCAUCAUCAUACUUUGCACAUUGAUUCUGUUGCAAGUUCGAAUCCUAGUGCGGUUACAUUGACAUGUUCAGCGGACUUGACUGUCUUGCUCGGCACCGCAGUUAUACACGUCGCAGAUUGUUGGGGCCAGUACCAACCCGUACGUGCUAUAAUAGAUAGCGGCGCUAUGUCGAGCUACAUAACUCAAGACUGUAUCAAGCGCCUCGGACUGUCGAGACGUAAAUGUAAUUUUAAACCUAGCGGUCUAGGUGGUAACCCAGUACGCGAAUAUGGUUUAAGUACAUGUAAAAUUAAGCCGCUACACGGUACCGGUCCUAUCUUGUCAACCGAUGCGGUUAUCGUUUCAGCUAUUACAGGUAACUUACCUACGGUGCACCUCCCUCAGAGGACUGUUGUGGAGUUUCAGCACUUAACGUUAGCUGAUCCGUAUUUUUAUAAACCUGCGCCAGUCGAAUUAUUAAUUGCUAGUGAUCUAUUUCCUUAUAUCUACAAUGGCGAUAAGAUAUUUUCUCGUUACCAAGGGAUGCCUGUCGCGAUGGGUUCCAUAUUUGGAUAUAUUAUAUUGGGACAGGUUGAGCUUAAUCAUACGGAUACUGUCAGAGACGGAGAACUGCCUGCUGACUCCAGUCGGAGUGGUACGUUUUGCGGACUUUCCAUAAAUCUCGAUCAAAUAAUGCACUCCUUUUGGGAAGUUGAGAAUAUGCCGACUGAUACACCUCUCCGUAGUCCAGAGGAGGAAUUAGCAGAGAGUCUAUUCCUGAAAGACUAUCGACGCGACGACUCGGGUAGAUAUGUAGUCAAGUAUCCGUUUCGUCCCUCGGUUGAAUUAGGCGACUCGAGUCAAAUGGCAACUCGUCGAUUUCAUAACUUGGAAUUGAAACUGAAACGAGAUCCUGAGUUGAAAGUUCAGUCCCUCCGGUGGGGUGACGGUCUUUUGAAGAUUUUUCCACACGUCAAAUGGCAACUCGUCGAUUUCAUUGAAACUGAAACGAGAUCCUGA